AUGAUAAAGGACACGCACAGAAUUUUACUAUUGGCUAUAAUUUUAUUAGCUAUUGAUGCUAUCAAUGGAAGCAAACAUCACGCAUCUCAAACAAUUAAAUCAACUAAGCAAGAUCAUGCAAUUGAAUUUAUGAUUGAUGAAGUAAUCAAUACCGCGAUGAAAACACAGAAGAUACCCGGUGUUGCUCUGGGUGUUUUUCGACGAGGAGAAAUCAUUUUUAGUAAGGUUUAUGGUUAUUCAAAUCUCGAACAUGAAGUACCUGUCAAACUUGAAACAAUGUUUCAGUCCGGUUCCGUAGGAAAACAAUUUACUUCGAUGGCUAUCAUGAUGCUCGUUGAACAUGAAAAACUUCAAUUGGACGAUAAAAUUCAAAAAUAUUUCCAUGACGCACCGAUCGAAUGGGCGAAUAUUACCAUUCGAAAUCUUCUAACGCAUACUUCAGGAAUGGUUUCAUAUUCUCCCGAUUUAAACUUCCAGCAAGCUUAUACUGAGGACGAUGUUUACAACAUAAUAAAAAGUACUACACUCAUCUAUCAGCCAGGCCAACAAUUUUCUUAUAGUAACUUCGGAUAUAUAAUGUUGGGAUUCUUAAUUCAGCGUGUAACAAAUCAAAGCUAUGCUAAUUUUAUUCACGAACAUAUUUUUCGUCCUCUUGGAAUGAAAACUGCACGAAUUAUAAAUGAAACAAGCAUCAUUCCGAACCGUGCUUCUGGAUACGUGUUCAUCGAUGAUCACAUCAUAAAUCAGCCAUGGGUGUCGCCCAUAUUCAAUACGAUGGCUGAUGGUAGUUUCUAUUUCAACAUUUAUGAUAUGGUUAAAUGGGAUGAAGCUCUCUACAGCGAUGUAUUACUCAAGAGACAAGCCAGUUUUGAUGAAAUGUGGAGUCCCGUUAAAUUAAAUGGUAAUAUAACGUAUGAAUAUGGUUUUGGUUGGUCGCUAUUGGAAGCAAUUAAUGGAAUGCGGAUUAUUGAGCAUGGUGGAUCGUGGCAGGGAUUUCGAACGAUGAUCGUUCGUGUUCCAGAAGAUGAGCGAACCGUUUUUCUUUUUACUAAUAUGAAUCGACCGACUGUAGACGUCAGAAAGAUUGCACACGAUGUAUUACAUAUUUAUAAUGCGCAACUUGCUGUAAAACCAAUUUUUGAUUACCAAUCGCAAUAA